AUGGGCCAGCAAGCCAGUCAAUUGGAGCGCGCAGAUUUUGACGUUCUUCACGACGAACACUCAGUAUCCCAAUCCCCGGUUGGCGAUCACCUGCGCCAGGACACAGAGCACGACGACGAAUCAAGCAGCAUCAACACAUCAUCCCAGGACUUUGCCUUCUCGAGCCAAGUUCCACUUUCCCCCAGUCGCAAGUCGCGACCGUCCAGAAAGCGCAGUCGAACCUCCAUCCCCAAGUUUGAGAAAAGUUCACAGUCGCCAGAGUCUGCCAUUGUCAAAGCCGAGCCAGACAUCAAUUCCCUCGACCAGGACUCUGAAGCUGUGUCGCCAAAGGCUGCAAAGCGAAAGAGAGGGAAAUCUAAGAAGCGACAAUCUUUAACUGAACAAGGCAAUCUAGAAGAGGAGGACAUUGCCAACGGCGCCAUGGCCAAGAAAACUGCUUCUACCACUGAGCCCAUGUCGUCAAUGGACUUGGAUGGGAUAAAGUCCAGCCCUGGUGAUGGGCAAGCCUCCUCCCUCGGCGACGUGACGGAUCAGCAACAGGCAAAGCGAGAUCGCAAGGAACGAAAGAAGGCCAAAAAGGCCGCCAAGCAAGCCGAACAACUGCGAGCUUCUCUGCUUGCAGCCAAUCCCAACUUUGGCGCCCAUGACGAUCCCGAAUCUCUAGGACAGGGACGGCAAUCCCAGAUGCACUUUGACCAUGUCGCCGACAGCAAUGUCGAGGAUGGCGCUUCAAAUGAACCUGGUCGUCUCGGCAGUCAGCGUUCCAAAGGGUCUGCACAAACCAAUGUGGAUAUGCAGACUGAGUCCAAGAAUGAGGCCGUUGAUGACAGUCGCAUGGAGGAUCCCAAUCAGCUACCUACACCCGACGAUGAGGGACAAUCAAAUGUUCUUCCUAUAAACACGAAUUCGCAUGUUCAGGCUAGCUCCGCCGCCAAUGCGCACUCGAGCGCACAGCCAUCUGGCCGUAAGCGCAAAUCAAAGGAUUCCGACAAAAAGUCACGCAAGCGACAAAGAGAGGAGGCAAGCGAUAGUGCUUCAAAGGCCCCCCGUGGAGAGAGCGCCGAUGUAGCCAUGACUGGUACCACUUCCGUGUCUCCAGCGGUCGAUGAACGAUCCUCUGCGGUUCCAGAAUUGCCUGGCUCCACCAGUCGAAUUGGUGACCUUGCCAGAGAGUAUUAUUCGCAGAGAUACGCAAGCAAGAACUCUACUCCGACCAAGAGCAACAUGGCCGCUGUCAGCAACAAGAGACUGAGACUAGCAGGAUUGGAAACCUUUGCUCCUGAUGAUUCACCGAGUGCAGCUCGCCAACAGAGACAGGCAACUUCUGCACGAUCAUCCAGCGAACGUCCCGAAUCUCCUGUGUCGAAGCACAUUCAGGAUGCUGCUGACAGCAUGGAUCUCGAUGCAGAUGAUGACUAUGUAAACGAGUCACAUUUGGGAUCUGACGACCUUGGCGCCGACAUUAACGAGAGACUCGACGAGGAUGACUCAGCUGUCCCCAACGAAAGACAAGCACUGGAGAGCCCAGCACAUGAACCGGCUGCCAGCAAUUCCAAGUCAAAGUCCAAGACUGCACGACAAAGUGGCUCCAAGAGCAGUGCAACAAAGACAAGACACGCCAAAUCGUCAUAUCUGGAUCGCGAAGCGCAUGAUAACGUGCAAGCAUUCAAUGAAAUGCCGUCUCCUGCGGUCAUUGCGGCCUCGCGCAAGGGUAAAGGUCGUGCCAAGAAUCCGGUUCCCGAAUCUAAUGCAACCGAUCCUUCUCAUGGGCAGCAAGGCAGCGAAAAGCAAGCCAAAAUCACGGACUUGAUGAUGAGAACUAGACCGAGUAGUGCAGGUUCAAGCUCUCAGCGUCCCUCGGCGACGCCAGCACCCACUUUCACACGCAUGUUGUCCAAGAAAGUCACAAGACUUGCCAACCCCAAACCCGAAGCUGAAGAAACUGGACCCUUUACGGGCAACGACAUUCGCAACCUCAAAGAGGCCAUUGACAAAUGGCGUGACAUGCAUGAUCUCACUGAUGUUGAAAUCAAUGACAUGGUGCAAAAGAACCCACAAGAGGCCAAGACGACUGACUUUUGGAACUACGUCCAUCAUUCCUGCCCCAACAGAAAGCGGCAGAAGGUGAUAAAUCAGGUACGCAAGACACACCACAACUUUGUUGCACGAGCCACCUGGACCAAGGAGCAGCACGACGAGCUUGCCGAAUUGUAUGAGAUCCACGGCAAAAACUUCAAGCUGCUCGGUCAGCUCAUCAAUCGACACCCCGCUGACGUUCGAGACCGCAUCCGUAAUUAUGUUGUCUGCGGCGACAAGCGAAGGACUGAUGUAUGGGAUCACGAGGAGGAAGCCAAACUCAUCACCAUUCUUAAUGAGGCCUUUGAAAAGAUUCGGGAGCUCAAGGCUCAUGGACGGUCUGAUUUGAACCCACAGGAUGACGAAGAGCUCGUAGACUGGGCUCAGGUCAGUGAGAAUAUGGAACACACACGCAGCCGCCUGCAAUGCCAGGUCAAGUGGAAGCACCUUCGUCUAAGAAUGGAGGGUGGCAAUAUUGAUGGAAAGGCUGGUCACUCGAUGGCAGAUAUUAUUCAAACAGCCCGAGACGAUUUCAAAAAGAUGACAAACAAAGAUCUCUUCUUGAUAUGCAAGGCAAUCAAGAAAUCAGGCACAACGUCAGACUCCCGUAUCGGAUGGGCCAAGCUACGUAACACGUGGUGGGCCAUGGAGCAGUGGAACCGACCGGCGUUGAUGCUUGCUUGGCACCGCCUGAGCCGUUCCAUGCCUGGUUGGACCAGCAAUACGCAGGUCCCUGAGAUUGCCAGAUAUCAAAUGGAUAAGUACCAAGAAUCCAAGAAAGUCCACAUUCUUCCCGAAUCAGAGAUGGACAUGGAUGCCGAAACCCAGGCGCUCGAACACAAGGUCGGCAAGAUCAUCCGCAACACUAAGAUGUACAAAACUCCUCAUUUUGCCGUUAAGAGCGACGAUGAGGACGACGAAGAGGAUGUCGAGAAUAAUGAGGUUGAUGUUGGCCGUCCUCAACGUUUGAACCUGGACGCACAAGAUGAGAACGAUCUUGAGAUUCAAGAGUCAGAGAAUGGCUCACAACAAGGCGAUGAACCCUCAGAAGAGUACGCAGAAGCUGCAGCUCGUGAAGCAGAGACCAAGAAGAAGUCGAAGCCCAAGACACGCCGGUCUUCACAGAAAAUACGACCCACGAUUGAACAGUCGCCAGAGGCACAGCCCAGCAAAGCCUCACACGGCACUUCUACUUUGCCCAAUGCUCAGGGAAAAGACUCAGCUAGAAGUCGUGCAGCGGGCAAGGCACGAGCUAAGCCUAGCAGAGCUCGUAAGAGCAAGGUCACGAAGACGAUUGCACAGGAUGAUGCCGAAGUGAGCAGUGACACCGACGCCGAUGACGUCGAGGACAUACCUGCCGUUCUCCCCGAUUAG